AACGCCACCCGGAGCCCGGCUGCCAUGGACGCCCUGGUCCGACUCCUACAGCUGCUGGUGCUGGUCCUGAGCCUGCCCCUGCAUCUCAUGGCUCUGCUGGGCUUCUGGGGGCCCCUGUGCAAGACCUAUUUCCCCUACCUGAUGGCCAUGCUGACGGUCAAGUGCAACCGCAAGGUGGAGACCAAGAAACGCGAGCUCUUCAGCCAGAUAAAGGGGCUGGCAGGAGCCUCGGGGAAGGUGGCCCUGCUGGAGCUGGGCUGUGGCACAGGCGCCAACUUCCAGUUCUACCCAUCUGGCUGCAGGAUCACCUGCCUGGACCCGAACCCCCACUUUGAGAAGUUCCUGACGAAGAGCAUGGCCGAGAACAGGCAUCUUGAAUAUGAACGAUUUGUGGUAGCUUUCGGAGAGGACAUGAGGCAGCUGGCCGAUAGCUCCAUGGACGUGGUGGUCAGCACGUUGGUGCUAUGCUCGGUGGAGAGCCCAAAGAGGGUCCUGCAGGAAGUUCGGAGAGUACUGAGGCCGGGAGGAAUGUUCUUUUUCUGGGAGCACGUGGCCGAGCCGCGUGAAAGCUGGGCCUUCCUGUGGCAGCAAGUUUUAGAGCCCACCUGGAAACACAUUGGGGACGGCUGCUGCCUCACCAGGGAGACCUGGAAAGACCUGGAGAACGCUCAGUUCUCUGAACUCCAAAUGGAACGACACCCCCCUCCCCUCAAGUGGCUACCUGUUGGGCCCCACAUCAUGGGGAAGGCUGUGAAAUAA